AAAACCAAUCUCAUUUCUCAUUUAACUUCUAAAGGAUAAUGUAUCAUUAAUUUUGGUGUAUAUCAUUUGGAAAAAUGACAGAAAGAUCUCUCCAAGUUUUGAUUUUCAUAACCAUUUUCUAUAUAAAUACUAUAAAAAGUGACGACACCAUUAAUGCUUUGAAAAAAAUACUUAACGAAUUAAAUGCGCCGACUGCAGACAGACAUUGGGGAAAAUAUCCAAAACAACUAUAUCAUCCGCAUAAUUACAAACAUGGCAAAUCCAAACACAUCAGUGACUCUCCAAAUCUUAUGAACAUUCAAACGAUGAAUUUGUUUUUAAAACCGAAUAAAAGACAGCGGGAGGAAUCUCAGGUAAAUAGAAUGCUACGGACGGAUGCUGAUACAUGCGAUGCCACAGGCAGAUGUGGAUGCACUGGACCCAGGUGUGGCAAUAGCAGGGAAGAUGACUUAGCUGAUGAGGUGGACAGAGUUGUUAAUGAAAUAAGCAAGCAGUUAACUAGAGAUGAAAACAUCAAAGACAAUACAGAUGGCGAACAGCGUGAAAGGGAUAGGGCAGAAGGAGAUGGCAGAAAUAGUGAUAGGGAUGAAUACCAUCAACAAAGAAAUAAGGAUGGUGCAGACAUAGAUUUAGUCAAGCAAAAAAAUAGAUAUAAUGAUGGUGGUGAAGCUGGUUAUUAUGAGAUAAAUAACGACAGAAACUAUGAUGAUGAUGAUCUAGAAAAAGACUUGGGUGAAAAGAAAACUAGUUAUUAUAAUGACGAUUUGUUGAAAAACAAAAGGAUCAAAGUCAACGAUAACCUCGAUGUUGUAAUAUUAGAUAAAUCGGAUUUAGAAAUACUGCUCCGAAAUCAAGAUUUCGUUGAUCUCACUAGAAACGACCACAAAGAUGAUGAGGAUAGAGUUCUUGCAGAUUACAAUAAAUUCACCGGCUACGAAAGAAAAUCUGUAGAGCCCCACAGGUCUACUGAUGAUAUCAAACCGGAAGAUUUUUUUGGCCUCUACGAACCUAUUAAAAAUCAAGUUAUAAAAAAGGUUUCAAAUUACGUGAAAAAUAAAAACCCUUCCACUUCUUUAAACAUAAAACAUCUUACACCAAAUCACAAAAAAAAAUUGCGAAAUUUGAAAAUGAAAUAUAGACGUGGGGAAGUAAGUAAAGGUGCUCUAGACGAUGAAAUUGUAAAAAUUAUAUUUAAUGAGGAGAAAGUUGUUCCGCAUGAUAAGAAAAACCAGCAUAUUUUCGUGCCCAAGUGGAUUUACAACAAGGCACUUUCGAUGAGCUCCAAGGAAACAUUAAACCAGAAUCUAAGAUCUCAAAAGCGUAUUUUACCGUUAACCUUCCAACAAAAGGAGAGACUUUACAAUAAAGAAAAGGGAAAACCUAUUCAGAAAUUGGUGUGGCGAAAAAACUCUGAGCAUCGUGCUCAGAGAUUCGGAAUACCGUUUGAUUUAGAAGUUCACGGCUUAGGUCAGCUAGCUCCAUAGUCUAUACAGAAAUUAAUAAAAAAAUUGACGCUUCUUAUUUUACUA